CGCCUCAGGGACAGGUGUCGUAGUGUGUACCCGCAGUCCUACUCCUACGUCCUGGUCGCGCUCACCACCACCACCACUUUACUCCUACAACACACUGCCAACAACUAAUUUACGUAAAUUCUAUGAACUCAAAGUCGUCCACUGGAACAAUAUAAUCACAGGGUUUAUAAAUGGCGUACAGAAAUUGAAGGUGGCCAUAUUAAGUUCAUAUGAAUCGUUCACUGGAUAAAAUGUGAGUGUUUAUUAAUUUAGUGUAUGAAAAUUAGGUGGCGCUGCACUAAGUUGUACUGAAGUUUCACCCCCCCCCCCAAAAAAAAUGAAAACAAAGCUAACUGAAUGAACCAUAAGAGUGUUACAUAAAGUGGUGUUCACAUAUUUACUCGACAGUGUAAAGCAGUGUUCCUAAGUAAGAGGAUCAACUUGUCAUAAAACCCAGCGGUAAGGGUUCGUGGACUCUUGCAUACAUCGUAUCACCUGAAUAUUAGCAACGUUAGCUUAUUUCACCUUAAGGUUAACCACCCCAAAGCUAAUCCAACUCAAACCUAACAUACCACUAUAUACCCCCCAAUAGCAUUAAGGUGAUUAAUCAUCAAGUGAAAUAAGCUAAAGAGGCUAAUCAUCACUUGAUCCAAUUCGACUAAAAAGAGCUGUAAGGUGUGUCUGUGACCGCGACCAUGUUACCAUUACGACUUGGAAGAAAGUUCUGGGAUAGAUUUUGUAGGUAUGUGUUAGUAUCAGUGUGUGUAGUGUAUGUCCUUUACUCCCCUGCCAAGCCAGCACCUAAGAGACUCCCAGAGUUAAGGGAGACAUUGGGUAAAGGAGUAUUUGAGUACUACGUGGAGGUGGAUCACUUGACCUCUGGUUCACAGGUGAUGGUGGUGUACCUGGUCAAGGGUUCUCCCACCAUACUACGACCCUUACACUACGUCCACAGAGCUCAGCCACCGUCGCCGCUCAUCCUCGGCAGUAGUGGAAGAGGGCGGGUGAUGGCCGAGGAAGGUACAUUGGUGCGGGUCGAAGAUUACUUCACCCACCUCUACACACCUCAGGCCGACUGCAAGAAGCUCCUCAUUCUUGGUGGGAAACACAUAUGCGGCGAGAUUACGGAUGAGUUAAUGGACGGAAGCAAGGUAGUGUGUAUGGACCCCCCGCUGGACCUACCACCUGGUCGAGACCCUCAGAACUGCCUCACCCUCUCCUUCGGCAUCCACGUAGACUCCACCUUCGACGAGGCCAUGUCAGAUCUUAACUGCGAGGUGCACAUGUUCGACCUUCUCCCCGCGGCACCUGCCCAUCUCCUCAACAAGUCUCAACACGCCUACUUUCAUCAGGUGGGCCUCGCUGACAGCCGCCGACAACACUACUUCCUCAACUUGGAGAAGGAGAUUCCCAUGGACACCCUCACCGGCAUCAUGAUUAACAACAGCCUCACGGACCGCUUUAUACACAUCCUGAAGGUGGAUAUUGAGGACAAUGAAUGGGAAGUGUUGGAGCAGCUGAUAAAGGAUCCCAUUCUGGACAUUGUAGGACAGCUUGCCUUAGAGGUGCACGCUGAGAACGCUCCCCUACUCUCACCUCAAGACCUCUUGGUGUUUAUCCGUCGACGUUACGAUUUACUUAAGGCUAUUGAGGGUCGUGGGUUCAGGAUUGUGGCAUACUGGAACAACAAGAAGAGUCGUACUUUCAAAGACGACUCGGGGGCCACACACAGAACCUGCGGAGAGAUACUGUAUAUUAAUUCCAAUUGGUCUAACACUACAUUCAUGGCUGCCUUAAUGUGAUUCUGAUGCUGUUAUGCUGUACUGAGUCAUAAGUGUGAUUCUGGUCCGAAUAUUAUGCUGUACUGAUUCAUGAGUGUGAUUCUGGUGCUGUUAUUAAGCUGUACUGCUAUUGAGUUAUACUGAUUCAUGAGUAGUGAUUCUGGUGCUGUUAUUAGAGGUAUACUGAUUUAUAGGUGAUUCUGAUACGGUUAAUUCUUGUUGUCAAUCUAAAUAUCGGGGAAUGUGUAUAACUUACUUCAUUUCAUUAUCAAUUUACACAUAUCGAUCUUCAUAUUACACACUGGAUUAUUCAUCUCCUCAUUCAUUCAUUUAUUGUUUAUGUUAUUUUGUUGGAGAAUAUUUGUAUUUAUUUAUUUACGUGUGCUCUAUAUACCAUCUGAUGCAAAAGGUAA